AUGAGUAUAUCUCACUCUAAUUCAGACCUACCUGGAGCGGUAGAACCAACUCUUUAUUUACUGGAGAUGGAUUCCACCUUUAACUUAAGAACCAGUGAUGCACAAGUCAUUCCCCUUCAUGUUUUAAAUAAUGGCACAGACUUAGGUCCUAACAGAUUUUUCCUACCAAUCCAAAAUAAAGAAGAAAGUCAGCAACAAGUUCAAGUUUUGAUUGAUCCUUGUCCAGCACCAGCUGUUAAAUUUGUUACCAUACAAGUUGAAAGCAGCUGCCAGCAAGAGCAACAGAUGUCUGUCUGUCAGACUGACCAGUUAUCAUCACCCUUAACCAUUGUUAGUUCCAAUCAAUUGCCUUGCUUGGGAGACGAGGUGGAAACGUCAGGAAUGAACUUAAUUCGUCCUCUAACAAAUAGUUCUGAACAAAGUUUAAAUGUAGCAUGCAAGGGGAUGCAAAAUUAUGUGCACAUAUCAGAUCGAAGCAUUCCACCACGGGCAAUUGCAGUAUUGCCAACUAUAUUACACAUACGACAAAAAGAUAAGAUAUCGCCUCGACGGUCUUUACUUCCACGCACACGUUUUGGCCCAAUUCAAGGAGUUAAACAAAGAAUGUCUCUUGAAAAAGCAAAUGAGGUGUUACAAGAAGCAGUUAUAAAUAAAAGACCCUUAUUUAUGUUGAAAGAUGAUGACGAACAUAUUGAAUAUAUUAACGUAACUGAUAAAGACAAAGCAAACUGGAUUGGUUUACUGCCUCUAGGAGAUGAUAUUUCAGCUAAUGUUUGGAUUUAUGAAGAAAACAAUGAAUUGUAUAUCAUCACGACAGAAGCGGUACCAUCUAGAAAACAGUUAAUGUUAGGUUAUAGUCAGAAGUAUGCGCAAGAAUAUGGAUUAGUAGGACCUACUAAGAAUAUUGAGACAGGAUUUCCGUUGAGUUCAAAGAUGUGGUGGUGCUACGAAUGUCAGCGCGCAAUGACGUCAGCGUCUCAACUACAGCGACAUAUGAAUACCCACCAUCAGGAAUACAAGGCCAACACUAAAAGACGUCGUUACCGUUGUCGUCAUUGUGCACGGACGUUUUCGCGAAUUUUCACAUUAAGACGGCACGUGGCACGGCAUUGUGAAAAGAAACCAAAGAAAAGUGACAGUGUGAUCAAUACAGAAACAUUACAAGAAUCCAUUUUAAACACGUCUUUGAACAGUGAAGAUAAUAGAGUGCCAUCUGACGAGAGUUUUCAGAAUUAUUCCAACGGUUUGGACUUUUCAACUAAUCUAUUUGAUACGGACCGGAUACCCAGUCUCGAUAUAUCUGGGAACUCCAGAUCUGAAGUAUUUAAUCCAUAUGGACUGGACAAUAUUAGCUCUCUAACUAACGACCUCGAGUACACAAAUGGUAGUCUGAACAAAGUCGAUGUUUCACCCGCCAAAGAAAAUGAGAAAAAUCAGCAAGAAAAGGACACUGAAACGUCUGUCUCAUGCACUUACUGCAAACAACUUGUCGCCAGAGGCAAAAAACGUCAGCAUAUAAGUGAAUGUCCAGCGCGUCGAUUUGAGUGUGAUUGCAAACAAAUCUUCACGAGCAAAGAACUCCUUGCAUUACAUAUUUACUCGGAACAUUCUACCAACAAAGAAACUGAAGAAGAAGAACAAAACGAGGAUAAUGACACAACCAGUGUGACAGUUCAAAAUAACAAAGCAUACGUAUGUGAACAGUGUCAACACGCUUUUAAACGGCGGGGAAUGCUGGUGAACCACCUGUGGCGCGUGCACAACACGGCCCCGACCCGCGUGCCGCUGGUGCGGCGCGAGCGGCACUUCCCGUGCGGUGCGUGCCCCAAGCUGUACCGCACGGCCGCCAAGCGCCGCCGUCACCUGCGUCUGCACCACCCGGGUUCAGAAAACAUACGAGCCAAGGAGAUCGAAGGGGGCACUCGCACUUGUUCCCCAGCAGCGUGUACAGAGUGUCCGCGACAGUACGCCACGCGUGCCAAGCUACUACAGCACCAGAGACAGCACCACCCCUACUUGGUACAACCGGCGACGCUAAAGAAGACUAACUUGACUGAGAAGGAUACUAAAACGAAUGAACGAGUCACUACUUCGGAAGAAUUACAUAAAUACAAAACUAAUUUACAACAGUUGCUCAAUUUCUACUGA